AUGGGGGAGUCGUCAUUUUCCUUCGGUGGAUCCUGUAGAAAUCGGCCAAGUUUUCUAAAACUUUAUUUUUAUGUUCAGGGCUUAAGUUGCAGUGGCCGACUUCCUCAGGCUUUUAGUCCCGAAUGCGAUGUUGCCGCGAUUGUGUUCAGUGGAUUUUUUGAUGAGACGAAAAGGGCCAUAAGCAAAGAAUCCCUCAAGAACUUUUUUAGAGAUUCACAAAAGGAAAAAGCUCCAAAAUUCAACAGGGAUGCCUAUGACAUUGAAGAAGCUCUAAGGGACUUUGUUCUCACUGGUGACAACCUAAUCAUCGGCAAGUGCGUUGUGGACGUGUCUUCAAUGAAUGAACCAUUAUCGCAUUACUUCAUCAAUAGUUCUCACAAUACAUAUUUAUCCGGUGAUCAGCUUUUUUCAAGGUCUUUGACUUUUGCAAUAAAGCGAGCACUUUUACAUGGUUGUCGUGUCAUCGAGCUUGAUUGCUAUGACGGAGGAAGAGAAGGACCGGUUGUCAUGCAUGGCAUCACCGCAACGCAAUCAAUAACGUUUCGCAAUGCAUUAAAAACUAUAAAGCAGGAUGCACACACAACCUCUGAGUAUCCAGUCAUCAUUACAAUGGAGAAUCACUGCUCUAAAUUAAAACGAGUUGAGUUGGCUAAGAUUUUGCUUGAGGAGCUCGGAGACAAGCUGUUCAUACCGCUUUCAUUACAUUUGAACCAAUGGCCUUCACCUUCAGAACUAAAAGGCCGCAUACUGAUACGAGAUAAAAUCGGGACUAAGCAGGUACUUCGUGAAGCGUCAGGCUCGCCAUACCUUGUCAGGACGCAACCCAUUCCAAUUUGCAGGCGUUUCGUCGACAAUGCUGAGGAUAUCGCGAGGUUUGAAAUUUCAGAUGAUGUCACUAACCGGGAAGAACCUUGCGAAGCAUUUUCUUAUUUUAAUUUUAAGUUUAUGAGGUCGACAAAUUCUUAUGAGCCACCAACACCUUCAUCAGAAAAGGUAAAGCAGCAAGUAUGCAAUGAAAUGUUCAAAUCACUAAUAUCCAUCGAAAAUAUUAAAAUCAAGGUAAUCAAAGAAGCUUUAGAAAUUGAGCGCGUGAUCUCGUGUUCAUGGGACGAGUUGACGCUAAAUAAUCGUAAAUGGGCGUUAGAUAAAGCCACCAUGCUUGACUUUACCGGGAGACACCUUCUAAGAUGUUACCCGAAUAGGCGUCGCGUAACUUCACAGAACUUUGAUCCCUCUUUAGCAUGGUCCAUGGGGGCUCAGAUGGUUGCAUUAAACUUUCAGACAAAUGACCUAGCCAUGUGGUUGAAUCGAGGAAAGUUUGUCGCAAAUGGAGGUUGUGGUUUCGUUCGCAAGCCAGAAUAUCUUAUUGAUCCUAGCGUUCCAGCACCGUCAGAGCCUACCCGUGUACUCACUAUUACAAUUAUUGCUGGCAGUGGCUGGGAAAUUCUCGAGCACAGAACUCAUGCAAGUGCUCCUCAAACUUAUGUCCGCAUUACUAUUGCUGGGAACGUGAAAGACUUCAAGUCAUGCACAAGCUCGGUUUCCACUAGCCACAGUCGCACGUCAGAUGCACAACCAUUUUUCAAUGAAACUUUCGAAUUUCAUCUGAUAGAACCAGAUCUGGCUCUGGUAUUGUUCACAGUUCAUGAUAAGUCAGUCAAAACACCAGAAAUGUUUCUAGCACAGCACUGUAGCCCUGUUAACUUGCUUCGUUCAGGCACGAGAAUUUCGCCUCUUUACUCUGCAGAAGGCACCUGCCUAAGUAGGGAAUAAUAUAAGCGUUUACAUGUAUUUCAGAUUAUCUUUAUUGAUGUUGAAAUUUGUCCCAUGGAAGUACUGGAUUUACGACGACAAAGUAAUUGAAUAGUUCAUCGAACAAAGCAGCGUUUUUUAAUAGUUUUCUAACAUUUCUUUUGUUCUGAUUGAACCCUUCAUGAUGGCGAACGAAACACGGUGUGCCUAGUCGUCAAAAUCGAGAAUAGACCUGUUCAGAUGAGCGGCCACCGUUUUCCUCGGCAAAGUGUGUGUUGAAAGAAAAGAUAUUAGCUUCCCAUAAUAUGCACAGGUAAGUAGUCGCAAGGUAGAGAACAUGACUUUUUUUAUCACGCAAAAGGUGCUGAACAUU